GUUAAACCAUUGCCUCUUUUACACACAUCAACUUUUUUACUGGAGUUUACUAACACAUGAACUUUCCCUCUCACUUCAGUGUGUCUGCGUUCACCCAUGUCUCUUUACGAGAACCGCAACAAAACAGCUUACUGGUUCAGACCUGAUCUGUCUUAAAUGUGACAGCAAAUGAAACUGAAGAGCAGAGGUGCAAAAGUUCACCACAGACUGAAUUUCUGUUCACAGAAAAAAAAAAACUCCGAGCAGAAACAGGAAACCACAAAAUCAACGUGAGGCUACAGCAAACUGUCAGAAAGAGCGAACAACAAGGUAAGACGUCUGAUUUCUUCUUAUUUCAUUGUUUGUUUGUUUUUCUCUCUCUCUUUUUCUUAUAACAGAUCCACAUUAUUGAGAGAGUUAUGUAGUGAAAAUUAUUUCAGCGGCGCUCUGUUUUUCUUUUUAACCCUGAUAUUCACAUUAAAAAAACAUCAAACAAGAUAUGAGCGGUAAAAACUGAACAAUUCAAAGGUGUAGAGUCUCCAAAGUAAACUCACAGAUCACUUCUUCAACCUUAGAUUGAAAUAAUCUGUGAAAAUGUCUUUUUGGUGAUUUUAUUAGCUGAUCAAAUCUGUAAAGUAAACAUUGAUUUGGUCCUAAAGUCUCAGGACUUUAGUGUCAAAGCAGUCUGACAGUAAACAGCAGCAGUUUCUGACUUUGACCGGACAUCUAGUGUAGAAAUGUUUUCUUUAUUCUGUAAAGUGUUGACUCUAGUGUAGAUACCCAGAAGAGUCCGUCUCUAAGACUUUGGAUGAAGAGAUCAGAACAAUAGAAAUAAUGAAGGACGGUCCAAAGACUAACAGACAGAGAAUCAACCUGGAUCUGUCCUCGGGACGGGUUUGAGGACGGAUCUGGAUCUCAGCCAAAGGGGCCUUUUGUUCUUGAGAGGUGGUUUCAGUGUGUAGUUAGCCAUGAUUGUUCACAUAACAGACACCUUGGACAGCACUGGACAUUACUUCUUUUAACGCUUUCAUAAACAGGAUGUCACCCACUUCCUGUCUGUUAGUCUCAGCAGUAUAAACCUGUUCACAGAGUUCAGAUGGUUUCUUGGUCUGUGGGUCUAAACUGGAUGUUUUAAGAUGAAUGAGUGAUUCACUGAUGCAGAUGGGACUUUGUGUGAGUGUCUGAUGUCUGUUGUCCAGUUUGAGUAGUCGACCAAAUUAUGAAAAAGAAACUAAGAAACCCGUAUGUUCGCAAAAAACCACAAACAUUGUCAAAUAUUCAUCAAUCAAUCAAUUAAUCAAUCAGACUUUAUUAGUACAGCACUUAUCAUACAAUGGAAUUUAGUGCAAAGUUCUGUGCACAAGAAAAAUGAAACCCCAAAUCAGGAACUAAGGAACUGAAGAAACAUUCUCAUGAGUUCAGAAUGAGGACUGGAGGUUAAACUUGGGAACAUAUGACCAGAACAAUCAGAACUGCUGAUCCUUACUUUUAUCACACACAGUAUUUCACUGUACUUGUUUUUGUAGUUAGACAGUUCCCAUCAUCCUCUCAGUAAUCCAGAUUUUGGUUUCUAAUCUUUAAUAAUUUUAGAGUCUCUCUGAUAAACACACUCUGUUUAAACUCCUCUGACUCUUUCUUCACUCUGCUUCAGCGUGAAAACUUUUACUGUGGGCGUGAAGUAAUCAGCAGAUCAGCACAGAUUCUCAGAGCUGUGUUUGAGUAGUUUUGGAUCAAUCACAGACUUCUCAUGAGUGCAGCUUUAAUGUUGUUUUCAGCUUUAGACAUAUAAUGAAAGUUUGAAUGAAUCAUCUACAAACUGCAGAUGAUAACACUGACCUUUGACCUGCUGUCUGUGUGUGUGGUUCCUCUGACAGGGUGAAGAUGGUCUCCAGGUUCCUGCUGCUCAUGGCUCUGAGCGUCUGUGUCUCUGGUUGGUUUCCACCUUCACUUUCUUCUCCACAAAGAGAAAAGAGGAGAUCCACUUUGAGACUGACUGAAACACUUGAACACUUCCAUUAGAAAAGAUGUUGAAAGACUCACAUGUUCCUGUGUUUUUCUGCUCCUCUCUGUCUCCUCUACAGGAACACUUGUAGCUAAAGUGGCUAACAGCUCCUAUCAGGCAGAAGUGGACGAGGACCUCAUCAUGGAAUGGACCUUCACACCCAGACCUGACAGCUCUCUGAAAGAUCUCUAUAUCUUCUGUUACAUGUUCAACCCUCAGAAAUACUCAGUCCUACUUGAGCUUCGUAAAGGAGCCGAGGUCCCAGAGGGUCAGGCUAAAGAGUUUGUAGGAAUAGUCCAGUAUGACAAAGAAGUCCUCAGGGAGGGAAAGAUCAGACUUCAUGUGUCCUCACUCAGGACUGAAGAUUCAGGCUGGUAUCUGUGUGACGUUUAUCCAGAGUAUGGGAACAACUUGGGCAGAUUUUAUAUCAGUGUGUCUGGUGAGUUGAUUUAUUUCUCAGCAGAACUUUAAAAAGUUUCUUCUCCACAAAGAGAAAAGAGGAGAUCCACUUUGAGACUGACUGAAACACUUGAACACUUCCAUUAGAAAAGAUGUUGAAAGACUCACAUGUUCCUGUGUUUUUCUGCUCCUCUCUUUCCCUCUCUGUCUCCUCUACAGGAACACUUGUAGUCAAUGUGGGUCACCGCUUCAAUCAAGCAGAACUGGGCCAGUACGCCACCCUGGAGUGGACCUUCACACCCAGACCUCAUAGAUCUCUGAAGAAUCUUAACAUUUCCUGUCGCAUGUUUAACCAUCAGAAAAACUCAGUCCUGUUUGAGCUUCAUGAAGGAGUGGAGGUCCCACAGAAGGAGGGAGAAUUUGUAGGACGAGUCCACUAUGACAAAGAGGUCCUCAAAGGGGGACGGAUCAGACUUCAUGUGUCCUCACUCAGGAUUGAAGACUCAGGAUUGUAUCUGUGUGAAGUUGAUACAGAGUAUGGGAGCAGCUCUGACGAAUGUUUUCUCAUUGUGUCCGGUGAGUUGUUUAAUUUCUCAGCAGAACUUUAAAAAGACAUUGAGAGUUCUGUUUGUUUUUGGAUCCAGAAGAAUCUGAGAUUAAAUUAUUGAGGUUUUUAUGGACCUGUUCUUGUGUUUGUUUAUUCUUCUCCUGAAUGACUCUAACCUGUUGGUCUCUCUCCAGGAAAGACUGCUUUACUUGUUGGACUGAUCCUGUGGACAGUAGCAGCAUUAAUAGGUUUGCUCUGUGUUUGUUACUUUGGCUCAAAACGUCUGCUACGUGCACUACGACCUGUCGACUACUCCUCCCAAGCAAAGAAAGACCCUCCAAGUCUAUCAGAGUCUAUGCUCCUCCGCUCCCUCCAAACCAGUGCAGACCAACAAAGAGAAGAGAGCAACUGAACUCUGAACCUCAAUACCAGAUAAUAAUCAAUGAAAUGACUUAUUUUGAUGUUUGAAGAUUGAAGGAUUGUGUUGAUGUGUUGGUGUUUUAGAGAUAGGGAUGGGUAUCGUUAGGAUUUGUAUGAAUCCGAUUCCAGUUCUGCUUAUUGAUUCUGAUUCCUAAUGAUUCCUUGUUUCAAUUCCAAGCAGGUGAAAAACAUGAAAUUUAAGUUAUAUUUCAGAUACUUAAUUGCAAAUCAAACAGCAACAUCAAUAUGAUGUGAAUAUAUAUAAAGAAGAUAUAAAAUAAAGUGCGUUCAGUAGGAGACGCUUCUGAUAAAAUGCUUCUUUUUUGUUGUUCAGCCCCUUUUCCCCAAAGUGAACAGGGUUACUCUCUCAGUGGGGGGCUUUGUUGGGGCAGCCACGGGGGUGUUAGCGCUAGGGCACGAUGUCUCACACUGCAAGACAUAGAAACUGCACAGUCCUGACUAAGGCUGCACGAUAUUGGAAAAAAAUAAUAUUGCGAUUUUUUCAACCCUGCGAUAUAUAUUGCGAUAUUAAAAAUACAGGAAUUUUCACCAGAUGACCUGAAUAGCACUUAAUGUUAUGCUGCACUGCUGAAAUCUUGAGGACAGUUACCCUGCACUGAUCUUACCUCUUUUUGUGAAUGUUAGAAUGGCUUCUGUCUCAGAGAUAUUUUUAGCUUUUAUUGUGCUGGGACGUUAUUGUGGCAACAGAUUAACACAGAACACGUGUUUUGGUCCUUCUUUUAAUCGAAAUAAUUCCAGAUAACUGACUUUCCUUUUCUUUUGGGCAACAAAUCUUCAUUUUCGGUGGUUUUCGCUUGUUCGUUGCUCAUUUUGCGAUCGUUGUUGUUGUUGUUAGCGGUGUUGUGCCGAGAAACGCAUGUCCUCCGAGAAUUGCAUGCACCUCGCAAAACGCGCACCGCUUAUAGUAGAGUGGUCCACGGAAAUGUACAAUUUAAAACCCAUACAGUUCUUAUUUGUUGGGCUAAACAGUCAUGAGUAAAGUUCCGAAAGUAAUUCUCAGCGGACACACGUCUCCCUCCAUGUGCAGAACAUGUGCAGGGGUGGGUUUCCUCCUCUCUGAUUUUGAUUGACAGCUGGCAGGGUAGUCUGAUUGGCAACUGAGAAGUGAGUCUGAUUGGCAACUGAGUUAAGGACGAAUGUGAUUGGUGGAUCGCUGCAAAGCACAUGCAGAGUCACAUGCAGUGUAUUUCAGUCAGUUACCCUUGAAAUUAAAUGAGUUCAUUCACCUCCAAUAUCGCAGGCUCUGCGAUGUGACUAUCGCACGCACGUACAUCGCGAUGACGAUAGUCAAACGAUAUAUCGUGCAGGCCUAGUCCUGACUUUCAAUGCCAAACAUCUUUAAUGUUUUGUGAGGUUGGAAAUGCAACCAGUCUAGCAGCUUGUUAACUUCUCCUGUGUUGCAUCUCCCUUGUUCAUCGUGGCUCUCUCUUGUGAAAUGAAGACUGCUCAACUGCUUUACAUGCUCAAUCUUCUGUUACUACCAUAGACUGAAAUGGCGUUAUAGCUGACCUUAACGGUAACUUUUUAACACGCCCUCCAGAUUGGGAUAUUUCUAGAAUGCUGCAGCCACUGUUGUCAACAGCAAGUCGGUGUUUUCAAUGAAUAAAAACGCAGACAGCAUGCUCCAUUUUGUGCAUGCACAUUACACUUUAAGCAAUUCGCUCAUGGCAGUUAAAUGUUCCUACGUUGUUUGUUUGUAGACAAGCUGUAAACAAAACUCUGUAAAAAACAGCAGCUGUAAAUAAAUCUUGUGGAGAGCUUCUUC